AUUUAAGCAAUUCAAGAUGGAAAAAAAGAGAGAGAGAGAUUCAUCCCAAAACCCUAGCCUUAGCCGUAUCCCCAGCUGAGAAUCCUAAUGGGAUAUCACUGUUGGAGCGCAUGUGGCCUCUACAAUGGGAAGGAAAUCACCAGCCCAAAAUGAGCUGAAUUGGAAUUGGGUAUCUCUAAAUUGCUGUUUGGUUUAGGAACUGAAAAUGAUGAUGAGCCAACUGUUGAAUUGGGUCGUUGCUUGACACUACCAGUUUCAUCAGUGCCCUCCAUUAAAAACCUUGAUUCAUCAAAACAAAAACCAUGCGCUAAGUUGCCUACUGGUUGAAAUGUGAAUCAAAAGCCUCGCAGCCCUCGCCGCCGUCCUCUGCGUCGAGACCAAUUUCCUCAUUGGCGUCUGGGUCUCGCUCCAGUUCAAGUAGAUUCAAAUUGAGAACCCUUCGAUCGUUCUAGUGCUCGAACGCCUCCUUUUCGCCUGCCUCCCCCUUCUCUGCCUCUCUCUCUUCUCCCAUAUCGUCUGGGUCUCGCGCUUGGGUCUCGUUCCAAGGUCCCCAUCUCCGCCCUCCUACCUCAACCGACAGCUUCCCCUGGAUUGGGCUGAACUGAAUGCCUCCUUUUCUUCUUUUUUGAAUUAUUUUUUUUCCAUAAUUUGUCCUUGUACGGAAAUGCCCCUCAAGAACUAACAGGAGUUACCGUGGUAAAAGUGACAAACUACAGGGAUAAAAAGUAACACAGAGAGAGAGAGAGAGAGAGAGAGAGAGAGGAGAGGGGGUGCGGCAGGGGCCGGGCUGUGUCGUGGGUGGGGUGGUUUUUUGGCGGCCGGGGGGAAACAGCUGAAGACUUGAGAAGCUACAUGCUCUACAAGGCCAAAUAAAUAUCUUGAAUCGGGGUGGCUGUGAAAAAAAGCCAUAGCCCAUCCUCCUUACAUAAUCCAUAGCUAGUUUGAGUCUAAUUGCAAAGUUGGGAAAAAGAAUAUUGAGAGAGAGUGAGGAAAAACAGAAAGUAGCUUCAAGUAUAAAUGAAGCAAGUUUCAUCAAUUACUUUUGGGCCUUGUUAUGGGUCUCUCUGUUUCUCAGCUGAACGUCCCACUCUUCUUCGCUUUACCCACUACUUCAAGUCCCAUAGUACCAGAGCAAUGGCAUCCCACAUUGUUGGUCUUCCCCGCAUAGGACCGAAGAGAGAGCUCAAGUUUGCCUUGGAAUCUUUCUGGGAUGGGAAGAGUAGUGCCGAGGAAUUGCAAAACGUGGCUGCAGGUCUUAGGUCAUGCAUCUGGAAGCAGCUGGCUGAUGCUGGUAUUAAGUAUAUCCCAAGCAACACCUUCUCAUACUAUGAUCAGAUGUUAGACACCACAGCCAUGCUUGGGGCUGUACCCCCUAGAUAUGGUUGGAAAAGCGGCGAGGUUGGCUUGGAGACCUACUUUUCAAUGGCUAGAGGGAAUGCACAUGUUCGUGCUAUGGAAAUGACCAAGUGGUUUGACACCAACUACCAUUACAUUGUCCCUGAAUUGGGGCCACAUAUUAGGUUCUCUUAUGCCUCUCACAAGGCAGUGGAUGAAUUCAAGGAGGCCAAAGCUCUUGGAUUGGAUACUGUUCCCGUCCUUAUAGGACCUGUAUCCUACUUGUUGCUAUCAAAACCAGCAAGGGGUACUGAACAAUCCUUUCCCCCUCUAUCCCUACUUCGCUAUAUUCUUCCAGUUUACAAGGAGGUUGUGGCAGAACUUAAGGCAGCUGGUGCUACCUGGAUCCAGUUUGAUGAGCCCACCCUUGUUUGGGAUCUUGAUGCUAACCAAUUGCACGCAUUUGCUCAUGCCUACUCAGAGCUAGAGUCAUCUUUAUCUGGUUUAAAUGUUCUGAUUGAGACGUACUUUGCUGAUGUUACUGCCGAGGCAUACAAGACACUUACCUCUUUGAAGGGUGUUACCGGUUAUGGGUUUGACCUAAUUCGUGGAGAAAAGACCCUUGAUUUAAUUAAUGAUGGAUUUCCUUCUGGAAAACACCUUUUUGCUGGAGUGGUUGAUGGAAGGAAUAUAUGGGCCAACGAUCUUGCAUCUUCCCUCCGUACCCUGCAAGCUCUUGAGGGCAUUGUUGGAAAAGACAAGAUCGUUGUCUCCACAUCCUGCUCUCUUCUACACACUGCAGUUGAUAUAGUGAAUGAGACUGAGUUGGAUAAAGAGGUUAAAUCAUGGCUUGCAUUUGCAGCCCAAAAAGUUGUUGAAGUAAAUGCCUUGGCUAAGGCAUUGUCCGGACACAAGGAUGAGGCAUUUUUCUCCAUCAAUGCUGCAGCUCAAGCUUCAAGAAAAUCCUCCCCUAAGGUGACGAAUGAGGCUGUCCAGAAGGCUGCUGCUGCACUGAAGGGCUCUGACCUCCGUCGGGCUACAAAUGUGACUGCAAGGUUAGAUGCUCAGCAAAAGAAGCUGAACCUUCCUAUUCUUCCAACAACCACCAUUGGAUCUUUCCCUCAAACAAUAGAUGUAAGAAGAGUGCGCCGGGAAUUCAAGGAUAAGAAAAUCUCUGAGGAAGAUUAUGUCAAUGCAAUGAAGGAGGAAAUAAACAAAGUUGUCAAGCUCCAGGAAGAGCUGGACAUUGAUGUGUUGGUACAUGGAGAGCCCGAGAGGAAUGACAUGGUUGAGUACUUUGGGGAGCAAUUAUCUGGAUUUGCCUUCACUUCCAAUGGGUGGGUCCAAUCUUAUGGUUCCCGCUGUGUCAAGCCACCUAUCAUCUAUGGUGAUGUGAGCCGCCCCAAGCCCAUGACAGUCUUCUGGUCUUCACUAGCUCAAGGGAUGACGAAGAGACCUAUUAAGGGCAUGCUCACUGGACCUGUUACCAUUCUGAACUGGUCCUUUGUGAGAAAUGACCAGCCCAGAUUUAAGACCUGCUAUCAGAUUGCUUUGGCCAUCAAGGACGAGGUUGAGGAUCUUGAGAAAGCAGGCAUUACCGUAAUCCAGAUUGAUGAGCCUGCUCUAAGAGAAGGUUUGCCUUUGAGGAAGGCUGAGCAGGCUCUCUAUCUAGGUUGGGCUGUUCACUCCUUCAGGAUUACGAACUGCGGUGUUCAGGAUACUACCCAGAUCCACACCCACAUGUGCUACUCAAAUUUCAAUGACAUCAUUCACUCGAUCAUUGACAUGGAUGCGGAUGUUAUCACCAUCGAGAACUCCAAAUCAGAUGAGAAGCUGCUCUCAGUCCUCCCUGAGGGACUGAAGUUUGGUUCUGGCAUUGGUCCUGGUGUCUAUGAUGUCCACUCACCCAGGAUCCCGUCUGACACAGAACUUUGUGUCAAAAUUAAGAAUAUCAUUAAGGUCCUUGAGAACAACAUGGUCUGGGUUAACCCGGACUGUGGUCUCAAGACACGCAAAUACUCUGAAGUCCAGCCUGCCCUCAGCAACAUGGUUGCUGCUGCCAAAUACAAUCGGCAGAUGUUGAGGCGUUUAGACUGAUGACCAGUGAGCUCAGGACCAAUUUGGUCUUAUCUUGGGGAAAGGAAAUUUUUUUGUUGGAAUUGCUUUGCUAUAUAUUUUCAUUAGGGUAGGUGAUAGCCUAGUAGUAGUUUCUGUACAUGCUUUUUUGGCUUUAGGCAAAAUGUAGCAAUAGUCCCGGACUAAGAUCAAACUUUACUUUUCGCCCCUCAUAUUGUUAAAUUGUUACAGUGAUGUUUUAAUUAGAUCUCAUGUUGCAUCA